AAUAGAUAAGAUGGAAUCUGAAGGAAAAAUCAAGUUAGGAUACUGGAAAAUCAGAGGAUUGUUUAGACACAUCCAAUAUGUACUUGAGUACUGUGGAGUUGAGUACGACACUAAGUACUAUGAAGCUGGAAGCGCACCAGACUAUUCUGGGAAAGAUUGGUUUGAUGAGAAGUUCAAUCUUGGAUUAGAUUUCCCGAAUCUUCCAUAUCUUGUCGACGGUGACUUCAAAAUGACUGAGACAGUACCAAUCAUGUUCUACAUUGCUGAGAAGUAUAAGCCAGAGCUCAUUGGAGAGACAGCCAAAGACAAGGGAACCAUCAAGAUGCUGAUGAACAUCAUCCAGGAGGCUAAGACUAAGAUCACCGGACCUUGCUAUAGUCAGGAUGACAAAUCAGUCGUGAUAGAAGCAGCUGAAAAAUCUUUUGAGCCAAUCUCCAAGUUUUUGGGUGACAAAGAUUUCUUCGUGGGUGAUAAGCCAACACUCCCAGAUUUGUAUAUUACAGAACUAAUCGCCCUUGUCCUUGCUUUAGAUACUGAGAAAGUAUUUGCAGAGAAGUUCCCUAACAUUGUUGCACUCCAAAAGAGAGUUGAUGCACUCCCAGAGAUCAAAGCAUUCUUUGAAAGCGACAGAUGCCCAGACAUGACAUUCAACUAUCCAAUCGCUAAGCUGAAUGCAUAACUUGUGUAAUAUCCUG